GGUCUGAGCAACACUUGUAUUCGUCUGUUGUCGGACUUCGUGUGUAAAAUGUCUUCUGGAUUUUGUGUGAGAGUGCUUGUGCUUUUGCUGUUGACUUUUGGCCAGCAUGCCGAAGCACUCAGCUACAGAAGUGGAGGCUCCAAAGAAGUUAAACCUUACUUUGGUUUUCAAAGCCUCAAACCUGCUUCAUCUGAGAACCUGAAGCCAGCUACCGCACCCAGUGCAGGCGGCGAUCGUGGUUCUUAUGGUAGGCAAGUAGAUGGAUACAGUCCAGAAGGAAGUGUUUCUAGUUACAGGCCUGGCCCCCCGAUCAUUCAGAAACCCAGACAACAAACCCAGCAGCCACUUCAAACUAACUCCAAUGCAGGAGUCCUCCUGACAAAAGCUGAAAUUCCAAAGACUGAAGACCCUAUGUCGGGUAUCGCGUCAAGUUAUGGUAUUUUGAUGUAUGCUUCACCCCAAUCUGAGUCCACUUGGCAGCCCAAGCCCCCGCAGCAGUCUUACCAAAAGAAGUCCCAGCAGCCCUCCUACCCAUUCAAGCCCCAGGAACCUGCCAGCAUGGUGAGGCCCCAGCAACUCUCCUCCCCAGACUACCUAUCCAAGCCCCAAGGGGUUUCUUCUGGCCCUAAACCCACCGACUCAAACCCAAAACUGAAUCUUAAUCCAAGAAGUUCAAUGGCAUCCCCAGACCAUCCUAGGUGGCAGCAGCACCUAAUGCCUGUGCCCGUGCCCAACAGAUCCCCUUAACCUUCAGGAAUCCUAACGUGAGUUGGUUUAACUUAAUGUUGUAAGACAUUAGCAUGUUUAGACAAUGGUCAUUGUUAUG